AUGGAAUCGGGCCCUUGUGGAGUCUUUGUUGAGAAGGUGGCUGGCAGUAUACCCAUUAGGCCACGCAUCAAGGGUCAGAGCGGUGGCAAGCAUUCGCUGUUUGGCCACCUGCGCUUUGUCUCUGUGGCUGACCCGUAUUCGCGGGCAGAGGUGGCCAAGCACGACACUGGCAAGUCGCUGUGGGUGAUCCGCGCAAACCAGGUGUUCGACCUGACGACGAUAUCACAGGAGGCGAUGCGCGACGGCGACAUCCACGUGCACGCGCUGCAAGCAUACCGCGUGCUGAAGGACUUUUACAUUGGCGAGGUGAUGGCGGAGGACCGGCAGGCGGACAGCCCGCCGGGGGGCACGGACGAGAUGGAAAUGGUGGAGGAGGACAAGUUCCUGGACAUCCACAAGCCGCUGUUUAUACAGAUGUGGAACUCCAAGUUCUCCAAGGAGUUUUAUAUCCAGGAGGUGCACAAGCCGCGGCAUCUGCCGCAGCCGGCGGUGUUCUUUUCCAACCCGGUGCUGGAGACGCUGACGCGCACGCCGUGGUGGUUCAUCCCCAUAUACUGGACGCCCAUCAUGGUAACAAUGUUCACGCUGGGCCUGCGGUACGAGCCCGUCAAUGUGAUGCUGGUCGGGUUUGUGUUUGGCAUGCUGUCGUGGACGCUGGCCGAGUACAGCAUCCACCGGUUCGUGUUCCACUACGACGAGGGAAUCCCUGAGGGCACGCUGGCGCAGGUCGCGCAUUUCCUGCUACAUGGAGUGCACCACUUCUUGCCCAUGGACCAGCUGCGGCUCGUGAUGCCGCCCGCGCUAUCGACGUUCCUGGCCGUUCAUAUCCUGGCGCUGCUGACGCUAAUCUUCACGCCCGGCAUGCUGCAUGCCGUCGGCUGUGGACUGAUCACUGGGUAUGUGCUGUAUGACGAGUGCCACUACUGGCUGCACCACGGAACCACCAAGAACGAGCGCCUGGCGUACCUGAAAUCGUACCACCUGCGCCACCACUACAAGGACUACAAGUCCGGGUUCGGCAUCACCAGCGACUUCUGGGACAACAUCUUUGGCACCAACUUUUGCGACCCCGAGUACUGA